GAUAUGACCACAGGACUGUGCACAUCAUUAUUCAGCUUCCAUGACGUACGUUUGCUUAUGUUUGCUAAACAAACGAUAGAUAAACUUGUGAUCUUGUAGGUCAAUGAUGGAUGGUCGAACCUUCUGCCGCACGGUCCGGCUGGGCGUCUGUUUUGAUGGACUGCGGUCGCGUGCAGCUGAUUGGAAACAACUUUCCACGUCCUCCGGCUCGCGCACGCUGAGUGAAGCGCAUGCGCAGCUAGCAGUUUUGGGGGUUGCACGAGUCCUUUCCUCUACCCGUUUUUUGCCGGAAUUUAAACCAAACAGACGCAUUUGGAAUAUUCAACGCAUUUGGGAUACACACUUAAAGUAGGAAAAUUACUUUGUCAUAACGACGAGACGAUCGUGUAGCUUCAAUACCAGGCCAGCACCGACAUAGCCCCUGUUAGCAUAUAUGCAUAGGUUAACGUUACUUAACGACACGGCAGCGAGCCAGUGCCUUAAUAGCCAGCUAUCGCUAACUAGCUAACUCUGACUAGCAUGACAUGUAACCUGCAGACAAUUAGCGUGUGCGUUGCGUUUGAUCUUUAUAUCAGAGGGAGGAGAGAGUAACAUGUCCUUUGUAAAUACGUGACUGAGUUGUAACAACAAGCUGUGCAAGAUCUCGUUAUUUGCACUAGUGCCACCGGUCCCAGCCAACGUGUAGCCCCCCUGCCUAGCCACUGCCACAGCUAGCUACCCUGCUAGCGUUAGCCUGGUAACCUUAGCUCUCCGGCUACGCAGCCGAAUAACUACCGUUACCGUGGCUCCGGUCACGUCUCGUGCAACGCCUCUCAGUUUGCAGAAACAAUGCGGGAAUAAGUAAAUAUGGGAACGUAGUGACAUAUCUUUAUUUUUUACUAUUUCAGUUUUAGUUGUUUCUUUAGCUGACCAUUAUCAUGUCUGCGAGCGGGUUCACAGACCUGCGCGAGAAGCUGAAGGCCAUGACGCCGCACCGAGACGACCUAAAAAAAAAACAACUCCCCGAGCGGAGCAACGGCGGCGCCAAGAAGCGCAAGUACCGCGAGGAGUCCGAGGAGGACGCCGCCAGCGACCAGGAGCAGCGCGAGGCCGAGGCCCGGCGCGUCAAGAGCGGCAUCAAGCAGGCGACCGUCUUCAGCGCGCAGGAGUGUGCGCUCAUCGAACAGAAGAUUGACGAGGUGGUCGCCAAGGGCGACAAAGGUCUGUACCGCGAGCACACGGUGGACCGCGCGCCCCUGAGGAACAAGUACUUCUUCGGCGAGGGCUACACGUACGGCGCGCAGUUGGAACGCAGAGGCCCCGGCCAGGAACGGCUCUACUCGAAGGGCGAGGUGGACGACAUCCCGGACUGGGUGCACGAGCUGGUGAUCAGCCGCCUGGUGGAGCGAGGACUGCUGUCGGAGGGGUUCGUCAACAGCGCCGUGAUUAACGACUACCAGCCGGGCGGCUGCAUCGUGUCGCACGUGGACCCCAUCCACAUCUUCGAGCGGCCCAUCGUCUCCGUGUCUUUCUUCAGCGAUAGCGCGCUCUGCUUCGGCUGCCGCUUCCAGUUCAAGCCCAUCCGCGUGUCCGAGCCCGUGCUGCACCUGCCUGUACGCCGCGGGAGUGUCACCAUCCUCAGUGGUUAUGCAGCCGAUGAAAUCACCCACUGCAUCAGACCUCAGGACAUCAAGGAGAGGAGAGCAGUGAUCAUCCUCAGAAGGACAAGGCCAGAUGCUCCGCGAUUGGACACGGAUGCUCCAAGCCCCGCCCCUAUUCCCUCAGACCGCACACACAAGCGCUCCCACCGCAAAGCAGACCCUGAUGCAGCACACAGGCCACGCGUUCUGGAGAUGGAUAAGGAGGAGAACCGCGUGUCUCGUGUCCGAUCCCGCAGAGACUACAGUUCCCAUGAUUCACAGCGAGACAGCUCCACGCGCAGGGUCAAGAUGCGACGCCACUGAGAGACUACAUUUCCCACGAUGCACAGGGGGCAGUAGACUCCACGCGCAGGGUCAAGAUGAGACGCCACUUAGACUACAUUUCCCAUGAUGCACAGAGGGACGGCGCCACGCUCUGAGUCAAUAUGAGACGCCACUGAGAGACUACAUUUCCCACAAUGCACGGGGGGACGACUCCAUGUGCAGGAGGGAUAGAGCCUGUGACAGCCAGCACCGUGGCAACCUGCAGCCUCUACUGACGUGUCACACACAUACACACACACACACACACACACACACACACACACACAACCUGCAGCCUCCCCACAUACGUGUC